UCUGCGGCGGUGGCGGUCGCUGUCUCCUUGCCUCGGGGCCCGGGGCUGCAGGGGCCAGAGCGAGUGCGCCUCCUGCCCGCCGACCGCGGCUGCCCAGAGCAGGUUUCCUUACUGCAUAAACUCAACUGCUCUCACUGAGGUCAUCAUUAAGUCUUGUGUGUGUUUGGGCAGGCUGACUUGAUUUAUAGCCAGCACUCCACUGUGGAAACGGCUUACAAAAUAUACAGAUCUUGGUAGACAACGUGGCUGCAGGCUGUUGAAUUGGAAUUCCCUGUGGCUGUCUGAGGGCAGGGUGUCUGGAGAGCGGUCGGCUGACCUGUUCCUACACCUUGCAUCAUGCCAGCUUUGUCAACAGGAUCUGGGAGUGACACCGGUCUGUAUGAGCUGUUGGCUGCUCUGCCAGCCCAGCUGCAGCCACAUGUGGAUAGCCAGGAAGACCUGACCUUCCUCUGGGAUAUGUUUGGUGAAAAAAGCCUGCAUUCAUUGGUAAAGAUUCAUGAAAAACUACACUACUAUGAGAAGCAGAGUCCGGUGCCCAUUCUCCAUGGUGCGGCGGCCUUGGCCGAUGACCUGGCCGAAGAGCUUCAGAACAAGCCAUUAAACAGUGAGAUCAGAGAGCUGUUGAAACUACUGUCAAAACCCAGUGUGAAGGCUUUGCUCUCUGUACAUGAUACUGUGGCUCAGAAGAAUUACGACCCUGUGUUGCCUCCUAUGCCUGAAGAUAUCGAUGAUGAGGAAGACUCAGUAAAAAUAAUCCGUCUGGUCAAAAAUAGAGAACCGCUGGGAGCUACCAUUAAGAAGGAUGAGCACACUGGGGCAAUCACUGUGGCCAGAAUCAUGAGAGGAGGAGCUGCAGAUAGAAGUGGUCUUAUUCACGUUGGUGAUGAACUUAGGGAAGUGAACGGGAUACCAGUGGAGGAUAAAAGGCCUGAGGAAAUAAUACAGAUUUUGGCUCAGUCUCAGGGAGCAAUUACAUUUAAGAUUAUACCCGGCAUCAAAGAGGAGACACCAUCAAAAGAAGGCAAGAUGUUUAUCAAAGCCCUCUUUGACUAUAAUCCUAAUGAGGAUAAGGCAAUUCCAUGUAAGGAAGCUGGGCUUUCUUUCAAAAAGGGAGAUAUUCUUCAGAUUAUGAGCCAAGAUGAUGCAACUUGGUGGCAAGCGAAACAUGAAGGUGAUGCCAACCCCAGGGCAGGCUUGAUCCCCUCAAAGCAUUUCCAGGAAAGGAGACUGGCUCUGAGACGACCAGAAAUAUUGGUUCAGCCCCUGAAAGUUUCCAACAGGAAAUCAUAUGAGGAAACAAUUGAGUGUGAGGAAAUUAAAGAAGAUGCUGACUAUGCUGGUAACAACAGUGGAACCUAUAUAGCUGGUUUUAGAAGAAGUUUUCGUCUUAGUAGAAAAGAUAAGAAAACAAAUAAGUCCAUGUAUGAAUGCAAGAAGAGUGAUCAGUAUGACACAGCCGACGUGCCCACGUACGAAGAAGUGACACCGUAUCGGCGACAAACUAAUGAAAAAUACAGACUCGUCGUCUUGGUUGGUCCUGUGGGAGUAGGGCUGAAUGAACUGAAACGAAAGCUGCUGAUCAGUGACACCCAGCACUAUGGCGUGACAGUGCCCCAUACUACCAGAGCAAGAAGAAGCCAGGAGAGUGAUGGUGUUGAAUACAUUUUCAUUUCCAAGCAUUUGUUUGAGACAGAUGUACAAAAUAACAAGUUUAUUGAAUAUGGAGAAUAUAAAAACAACUACUAUGGCACAAGCAUAGACUCAGUUCGGUCUGUCCUUGCUAAAAACAAAGUUUGUUUGUUGGAUGUUCAGCCUCAUACAGUGAAGCAUUUAAGGACACUAGAAUUUAAGCCCUAUGUGAUAUUUAUAAAGCCUCCAUCAAUAGAGCGUUUGAGAGAAACAAGAAAAAAUGCAAAGAUUAUUUCAAGCAGAGAUGACCAAGGUGCUGCAAAGCCCUUCACAGAAGAAGAUUUUCAAGAAAUGAUUAAAUCUGCACAGAUAAUGGAAAGUCAAUAUGGUCAUCUUUUUGACAAAAUUAUAAUAAAUGAUGACCUCACCGUGGCAUUCAAUGAGCUCAAAACAACUUUUGACAAAUUAGAGACAGAGACCCAUUGGGUACCAGUGAGCUGGUUACAUUCGUAACUAAGAGAAAUUUCCAUAAUCGUCUUUUUUUAUAGAGUGCAUGAUGAAAUCAGUUACUGUUUUGGUAGGGGGUUUUUAAAUCUAUAUCACUGUCAUAGAUGUACAAUCUUGAUUCAAGCUGAAUGCUGGUUUUGUUUGUAUCGUUUUACAGCCUUAUUUCAAACACCAUGUGUGAGUAUAAGAUCAGAAAUCAAAAUGUGCACGGUACUGUAUUCUAAGCAAAACCUCAAACUUUCUGGUUGUCUUUAAUACAGCUCUAUCUCCAAGAUGAGGCUGAAAUUUUCAGAGAGACCUAGCUAGAGGCUUAGUGUGUAUUAGAAUUCAGCACUUCUGCUGGUCUCCGGUGUGGCUGCUGCCAUUAAGUUUGAAUGUUAGGCUGUUGAAGGUAUCAAUUCAGCAGCCAUGAGCAGCUUCAGACAGACAGAUCAGCUUUGCUCUUUCUGGGUGGAUCAUCACAGAUUUAGCCGGGCAGGCAGUAAGGCGUCCUCCUACUAUUCAAAAAGUAUAGACUUUUUCUUACAUAUUUGCGAUACGUUCACAGUGUGUGCAUUUUAAAAUAAUUCUUAAAGAAGUAACUGAAAUUUUACCUUGAGUGAAUGACCUUCAUAAUAUAGCUUGAGAAGUCCUUUUGAGUACCUGUCAGUGACUCAACAAACAUUUAAUAAGGAAAAGUAGACUUUAAACAGUUAUUGUAUAUGUAACUAAAAGCCUUUUCUUGUGGGAUUAAUAUUAGAAUGGUAGUCUUGUGGCAAGAAAUGAUUACAAAGGAAAUUUUUAUUUGUAAAUCCCCGGAAGACAAUUUAUGAAGUCACCCAAAAUGUUAUUUUAGCUAGUUUUGGAUUUUUCUAAUAAAUUAGAAGGAUUUCUAUUCUAAAACAUGUAAAACAUGUUUUACAUAUUACUGAUAUGAUUAAAGAUUAUUUUUCAUCUAUGUGCAAUAGAUCACCCCUCUCUUUAAAUUGCUCUGAGAUAUAUUUUAGAAAACUUUUCAUGUAAUGUUAUUUCUUUGUCAUCAAAAUGACUGUUAACACUGUCCAGACACCAUCCUAACCUUACCAUUGUUAAAGAAGUUUAAGAAAGACUUUUAUAUUGUAAAUAUUUAGAUGGGAUCUCUCACUUUUCUUUGAUACUACUGAUUCUCAGCAAGUGAAUUAUAUAGUUCAAAAUGCUAGAAAUGUCUAUAUGUUCUAUAAGAGAAAGCAUAUCCUGCCAUUCCUGCAUGCAGUGAAGCCCUGCCAGUCGAAAAUCAUUGCAUCUGUGACUUUCAAAGAGGAAAAAAAAAUGUUAUUUUUUGUUGAUUUGUAAAGAGAGUUUAAAUGUCAUGUGAAAAAAAUAGAAUGUAGUAAAAUUUUAUAUAUUUAUGAAAUAUUUGAAAGGCAUAUUUUUUUAAAUAUCAAAUGGGGCUAUUCAUAAAAUAAAUUGAUUGUAUGUCAAGAUGUCCUAAUUUAAAAGAGUAGUUUUAUAAAUCAUGGUCAACAUUCCAUGUAAAUAUUUGAGCUUUACACAGAUAGAUCCAAGUGCACGAUCUGUGCACUGCACAUUUAAUAGCAUUAUUCACUGGUUUUCCUUCAGACUUGUCAAGUUCAUAUUAGAAACAGAGACAAAAACCACUCCAAUGGCCUUGACAUAUAGUCACACCAAAAUAGAUAAUCAGACGAAGUAUUAUAUAACAACAUGAUCCAGACAGUGAGUUCUAAGUGUAUUAAUUAAAUAGCAGAAAUUUUGUUUUUAAAAAAUGAAAGAGGGUUGCCAAUCUGAAGUCUUAAGUAGAUUGUUUGGGUAGCGUAUUUCCUUCUUUGAACAUUGUCUAAAAUUUUCUAUAAAUCAAGACUUCUUGUACAAAGAAUAAUGGGAAAUAUGUAAUAAUUCAGGCAAUCACCUGAGUAAUUUAGGCAGUCCAAAUUCUUUACCCUGAAAUACCCACAUUUAAAAAAAAAAUUGCAGAUAAUUGCUUCAGUUAUUUACUUUGGGGACAGAGAUGUAGUGUAAAGUGGGAGAAACUGAGUCCUUUUAUGGUGGUGGUAAUAAGAUGUUAUAAAAAUAUAACAUUUUAAAAAAGAAAGGUCCAGACCUUUGUUUAUUUAAGGGCAGAGCUAGAACAAUAUUUUUUAAAUAAUGGGGGGAAAAAGAAGGCCCUUUGGCAAUUUUAGAAAUCAGGUAGUAUACUUUUUUUUUUUUUUUUUUUUUUGAGACAGGGUCUUGCUAUGUUGCUCAGGCUGGUCUUGAACUCCUGGGCUUAAGCAGUCCUCCUGCCUUGGCCUCCCAAAGUGCUGGGAUUACAGGUGUGAUCCACCGUGCCCAGCCUGUAGACAUAGUCUUAAAAAUGGUGUUUACAUGGCCAUCUUGAUGCUUAGAAAGAUACUUGAUUAAAAUUUAAUAAGGCAGGGCCAACUCUGAGAGUGCAUCGAUAACGGCAGCAGAAAGGCCCUGAAUUCUGAACUUUCUUCCCCCAGCCUCCUUCUCCAGCAAGGAGAAUAGCACUCCUCCCUUCAGAAACCAGCUCCCUAAGUUGGAGUCACUAUGUAAGAGAAGAGGAAUGUUCACUUUUUAAAAUUCAUGUAUUUAAAAUUCAAGACCAAAAAGGAAAUUCUGUACUCCUAUUAUUGACUAUAGUCAAUUAAACAUAAAAAGGUGAAAUAAAAAUCUGAUUUUUUGCCCUUAUUUUACUGACCAAUAUGGAAUUCUUGGUAUCUCUAAGGCUGACCUUCCUGGUAUUGUGUAAUGAUUGAAUGUAUCUAAACUGUAAUAAUUUGAAAUUGACAAACCUUCUCAGACUUAACAAAACUAUGUUCUUAAAAUCUUUCUAAAGAUACAGAUUUUUAUUAUUUAUUUUAUUUUGACUAGGAAGGAUUUAUAAAUAAAUGUAAUGAAAAAUCUUUGAUCUUAAUAAAGUACCUUCAAACAAUGUGUGUACUUACUUGAAAAUUGUUUUUGCACUUGGAUAUUCUAUUUUAUUAUACUACUGUUCUGAUCUAUUCCAUUAUAUUAUUUCCCAUGGUAGAACAAAUUCUAUUUUCUACUGUGAUAUGAAGUGAUGUAAUUGAACUUGCCAUGUCUAAAAUUAAAUUUCAUGUUUUUUUCAGUCAAA